AGGCAAGCUGUAUCUUCGGGAAUACGCCGAGGACGAGCGGCCGCCGUGCCGGGAGGAGUGGCGCCGGUCGGAGUGGACCGGCGGCGCGCGCGGCCGCCUGCCGCAAGUAGACCGCUCUCCCUCGCGGCGCAGCCCUUACCUCGCCAGGGACGAUGAGCCGUCGCCAGCGCCGGAUGAGCGCGGGCGCUCCGCCUCCGCCGGCGCCCACCACCGCGCGCGCCCGCGUCCGCUCCGCUACCAGUCCCUGGAGCGCGACUACGACCGCUCCUACGCGCCGCCGCCGCCCCCCGAGGAUGACUACUACCGGCGCGAACCUCCCCCCCUCUUCCUUGGAGAGCUGCAAUCUCAGAAUUCCGAUCUCCAACGGGAGCUGGGGAACCUCAAGAAGGAGCUGGAAUUGACCAAUCAGAAGCUCGGGUCCAGCAUGCACAGCAUAAAGACCUUCUGGAGUCCCGAGCUGAAGAAGGAGCGGGCGCUGCGCAAGGAGGAGAGCGCGAAGUACAGCCUUAUCAACGACCAACUGAAACUGCUCAAUCAAGAAAACCAGAAACAAGCCAUGCUAGUCCGCCAACUAGAAGAGGAACUUCGACUACGCAUGCGUCAGCCUGCGCCUGAACUCCAACAACAGCUGGAAGCGCUGUUCGCUGAGAACGAACAUCUGCAGAGGGAGAUAGCGAUAUUGAGGGAUACCAUUAAGGAACUCGAGCUAAGGAUCGAAACACAGAAGCAGACGUUGCAAGCGCGAGACGAAAGCAUCAAGAAGCUUCUAGAAAUGCUGCAGAACAAGGGGAUGGGUAAAGAGGAAGAGCGGCAGAUGUUCCAACAGAUGCAGGCCAUGGCACAGAAGCAGUUGGAUGAGUUCCGGCUGGAGAUCCAGCGGCGGGACCAGGAGAUCCUGGCGAUGGCGGCGAAGAUGAAGGCGCUGGAGGAGCAGCACCAGGACUACCAGCGCCACAUCGCCGUGCUCAAGGAGUCGCUGUGCGCCAAGGAGGAGCACUACAGCAUGUUGCAGACUGACGUAGAGGAGCUUAAGGCGCGCUUAGACGAGAAGAGCCGCCUGGUGGAAAAGAAGACCGCAGCAGCUUUGGCCGCUGCGCACGAGUUGGCAGAAUUACGAGACCACUCCGAGAUCAAGGAUAGGAAGAUCAACGUGCUGCAGCGAAAGAUCGAAAACCUUGAAGACCUGCUGAAAGAAAAAGAUAAUCAAGUAGACAUGGCUAGAGCUAGGCUCAACGCCAUGCAAGCGCAUCACUGCUCCUCUGAAGGCGCCCUCUCGUCCCUCGAAGAAGUCAUAGGAGACAAAGAGAAACAAAUCCAACAACUCCGCGAACAACGAGACAGGGCGGAGCACGAGAAGAACGAGGAGCGAGAGCUCCACGAGAGAGAGAUAGCAGAUUACAAGAUGAAACUCCACGCUCUUGAAAGUGAAGUCGAAAAGUUAGGAGCAAGACUCGAGAGAGCCCAAGCCGAGAAGGACAGACUCGAAGCUAAAUUAGAAAGCUCUCAGUCGGAACUAGGCAAGUCUAAAGCGGAGCUUGACAAAGCGGCAAGCGAGGUGGGAAGGUCCGGGGCUGACUGGGAAGCCGCAAAACAACGUCUAGCCAGACUUGAGCUUGAAAACGAACGGCUGAAACACGAACUCGAACGCUCGCAGACCACAUUCGGCAGAAGCACAUUAACAACGUCCCAGGAGCUGGACAGAGUGCAAGAGAAGGCGGAUAAAAACGCCGCAGAGUUGAGACGUACUCUUGCAGAGCUGAGGGUGACGCAAGCAGACGCAGAGAGAGCGCAUUCGGAGGCCUCUGGGCUUCAAGACAAGCUCGAGAAGAGUCAGGGUGAGGUGUACCGCCUUAAAGCCAAGCUGGAAAAUGCACAAACGGAACAGGACAGCUUGAAAGAAGAAUAUGAUCGCGUCCAAUCCAGCAUCAGCCGCCUCCACUCCGAGCGAGACAAGGCCACCGCCGAGCUGGACAAAGCCCGGGAAGAGCUGGAGCGAACGCAGGCGACCCUCGGCAAGGCCCAGCUGCAGCAGGAUAAGCUGCAGGCCUCGCUGGACAACGCGCACUCGGAGAUCGACAAGCUGCAAGAAAAGCUGGACAAGGCUGCUGCCGAAGUCAGAAAGCUACAAGUGGACAGAGAGAAGCAAUCGUACGACUUCGAAUCCCUACAAUCCCAGCUCGACAAGGCUCUGGGCCAGGCCGCGCGGCUGCAGAAGGAAAGAGACACCGCACAACUAGACUGCGACCGCUACAGGGACAAGAACGACAAGGCACAAGCCCUAGUAGCCCGCAUCCAGAAAGAGCGAGACGCCGCGCUAGCGGAAGCGGCGAGCUGCCGAGAGCGCGCCGAGGCCGCCGCGGCCGCAGCCAAUCGCGCCGCGCGAGACAGAGACAGCGCGGCCACCGAGCUGGACGUGCUUAGAGAGAGAUGGGAGAAGGCGCAUCAGCAGCACCAAAAACUUACGAUGGAGCGUGACGAUGCCCUCACAGAGACCGAGAUCCUCAAGGAGAAGCUCGACAAGGCGCUCUACUCCACGCAGAAGACCAUCGAGGAGAAGGAGACCGCCCACAAGGAGUACGAGAAAAUGCUAGAAAAGUAUGAUAGAUCACAGAAUGAAAUCUACAGACUCCAGAAUAAGAUAGACAUUCUCGAAGCGGACAAAGACCGAUUGGAACUCGAACUGGAGAAACACUUACACAUGUCCACCAAAUCGAGGGACGAUCAGAGAAAGCUGCAAGACGAACUGUCGAGAUUGCAAGAAAUGUACGAUCGAGCGUCUUUACAACUGGGCAGGACCAAAGAACAGGAAGAAAAGGCGAAGGAGGACAUGGACAGGCUAAGUGUCGAUAUAGAAAUGGUACGGGACCGGUACGAGAAAUCGCAGAUAGAACUCCGAAGGCUCCAAGCGGAAAAGGAGAAGCUUGUCGGUGAUAGUGAACGUUUGCAAUUCGAAUACGACCGCGCGAUGACUCAGUGCGGCAAGGCGCAGGCUUCCAACGAGAAAACGCAGGAAGAAAUGGCAAGAGUGCAAAUAGAGCUCGAAAAGAUGUACGACAAGCACGACAAAGUGUCCGCGGAACUUAGAAGAGUACAGGCUGAACUAGACAAAGUCAAACAGGACGCGUCGGGCGCGAAAGAAGAGGCCGAGCGGUACGCGGCACGAUACGGGAAAUACCAUGACACGAAGGAAGAACAUGAGAGAACUAAGAUGGAGCUGGAGCGGCUUCGCGUGCGGUUAGAGAAGACCACGCUAGACUUGGAGCGCGCCCGCAAGGCCGAGGAGGAAGUCACCCGGCUGCGUUCGGAGCUCGAACGCACCGAAGGCAUGCGAGGUAAAUACCAAUUCGAACAGGACAAGUGGACCAACGAGUUAACGCGAGUGCAAGCUGAGUUGGACAAGCAACGCGAACGCUUCGACGCGGCGCAAGUUGAAAUCCAGCGUCUACAAGCCGAAAAGGAGCAAGCGGAGACUAAGUUGCACGAGUCGAAUAUACAACUAGAGCUAUCCAAGACUGAAGUAACGAAGCUAAGUGCGGCGUUAGAGAAGCAAAGGGCAGAACUUGAACGCGCUCAUAUUGAGUGCGAAAAGUUCCGGGAUAGAUGUGAGAAGCUUAAGCUACGAUCGGAUCAGCUCGACAAAGACAACGAGCGACUCAAAGGUGAACUGCAGCAGAUUGAAAGGAUGAAGCUCCAGGCCGUAGCUGGAGACAAGGCUAGGACUGAGGACCGAUUGGAGAUCGAACGUCUUCGAGACAAACUUGAAAAAGCCAUCCAGGCAAGAGAUUCCACAGAAAUGGAAGCCGGUCGUCUAGCGAAGGAACUAGAAAAGUCGCAGAUACAUCUCGCGAAAUAUCAGGAAACGAAUGAGUCUACACGAGUUGAAUACGAGAGGAUGACAAAUGAGUUAGGCCGCAUGCAUGAACGCCUCGAACGCACGAUCUUGGAGAUGAGACAGAUUGAACAAGAGAGGGAUGCGCUGCGAGCCGAGAUCCAGAACACGAGGCGCAACAUUGAACAGCAACAGCGAACCCUGGAUCACCGAACGCAAGAAACCCUAGUUAAACUCCAGCAAGAAUUGGCGCAGUCUGUCCGGGACAGAGAAAAGAUGGCCUCUAUAUUAGAGCAGAGAGAUAAACAGGCAGAUGCUAUCGAAAAGCAAAUAGUCAAGUUAGAAGCGGACACGAAGCAGUUGACCAUCGAGCGCGACCAACUUGUAGCCCAAUUAGAAAAGUCCCAAGACAUGCUCGUGAACUUCCAACGCGAGCUGAACGCUUCGGAAGCGGAGCUACAAAAGCAGCGCGAAGAAGUCCGCAGACUGAAGGAGGAGCAGAGAAAGAUGGCGCAGGACCAAGAGCGCGGUACCAAAUCCGUCCUAGAGGGCAGAGAGCGUGAGAUCGCUAAACUACAGCAGCAGGUCCAAACUGUCAGUAAAGAGAGAGAUACGAUCAGACAGCGAGCCGAAGCGGCCGAAAAGCAAGCUCAGAAGGCCGGAGAAGUCGAUAAAUGGAGAGCUGCCGUUGAACAGGAGAAGACCAAGGCCAUCGCGGCGGAAAAGGCUUUAGCGGAAUGUCAACAGCGUUUACAGUCGCUAGAGAAACAGUUCCAGGCGCAGCAGCAGCAACUCGCGCAGCUGCAGCGCGCCGGCGGCGGCGACGUGCGCGCGCAGCUGGAGGCGUCGCAGGCGGAAGCGCGCGCCGUGGCCGUGGAGCGCGAGCGCUGUCAGGCGCAGCUUGAAAUGCUGGUCCAAGAGCUCGAGAAGACACAGCUCGAUCUCCACGAAGCCAACAAGAAGCUACAGGCGGCUGGCGCACAGAACGCCAAAGCUGGGGAAGAUACAGCCCAAGCUAAGAGGCAGCUCCAAGACGAAUUCAAGAAGCUGGAAGACGCGAGAAGACAGUUUGAAGAACACAGGAAAGCGGUCGAAGCGAAGAGGAAAGACGUGGAAGAGAAAGAAAAGUCGCUAGCGGAACUGGAUCGGCAGUUGAAAAAGAGGAAAGAGCAAAUGGACCAAAUGGAAGCAUCUUUGAGGAAGGCUGGCGGAAGCACGGCAGCGGUGACAGACUUGAAUCGUAAGCUGACAGACACGCAGAAGGAAGCGGAGACGAUGAAACAGCAGCUUGAACAGAGCAAGGAGGAGGCGGCCCGUCUCUCCGCCGAGACGGAGCGCCUGCUGCAGCUCGUGCAGAUGUCGCAGGAGGAGCAGGCGCAGAAGGAGAAGCAGAUGAUGGAAAUGCAACAGUCUAUAAGGAACCUCCAAGCCAAACUGAAAAGUCAGCAGCAAGCGCAAGCACAAAGAGAAGAGGCUGGACCCGCUGGCUUCCUCAAAAGCUUUUUCUAAGUUAGUCCUUCGCACCAAGACUGUCAUUCAUUUAUUUGCUCUUUCGUUUACAUUUGUUUGACGCCGACGGUUCCGUUAGCGACCCACGUCUUUCGGUAACGAGUAACACAAGUAAGCUUUACACUCGCAAUUUCGUGUUAAGUAAUGUUAUCGAUAUCGGUAUUGAGUAUAUAAUGAAGUGUUCAGAUAAUAAUAUUCCUCUCUCGUGGUCGACGUCGAGUCCGUACCCUCGACGCGGCUUGUAACAGCACACAAAUAAUAAGAUAAUUAUUAGUUUAGCGAUAAUUUUUAAGUGAUGUUUAAAGAAAAUCUAAUAAUCGUGUUCAGCGGGAAUUAUUUUUUAAGUAUUGAUAAAAAAAAACAAUUGUAAAACUGUUAAGUAAUCAUGUAUUUAGAUAGAUCGAGUAAGUUGUCCACUAGUCGAUGUUACCCAGCUUUCAAUCUUGUUAUGCGGAAUAUCAAUAACUUUAAAUAAAAAAAAUCUAUGUUGACUUUUCUCGAGUUAUUUUUGAGUUUAUAUUGUUGAAUUUUGUUGUUGAAGUAAAAACGGACUGUUUAUUGA